AAGGCAUUUAGGCAGGCAGGAAAUCUGAAAGUACACGAAAGAAUACACACUGGUGAGAAGCCAUUUAAGUGCAAGCAUUGUGUCAAGGCGUUUAGCCAAGCAGGAGAUCUGAAAAGACAUGAAAGAACACACAGUGGUGAGAAGCCUUUUAAGUGCAAGCAAUGUAACAAGGCCUUUAGCCGGGCAGGAAAUCUAAAAGUACAUGAAAGAACACACAGUGGUAAGAAACCGUUUAUUUGCAAUCAUUGUGUCAAGGCGUUCAGCCAAGUAGGAAAUCUAAAAAGACAUGAAAGAUCACACAGUGGUGAGAAGCCUUUUAAGUACAAGCAAUGUAACAAAGCCUUUAGCCAGGCAGGAAGUCUGAAAGGACAUGAAAGAACACACAGUGGUGAGAAGCCUUUUAAGUGCAAGCAAUGUAACAAAGCCUUUAGCCAGGCAGGAAGUCUGAAAGGACAUGAAAGAACACACAGUGGUGAGAAGCCUUUUAAGUGCAAGCAAUGUAACAAAGCCUUUAGCCAGGCAGGAAGUCUGAAACCACAUGAAAGAACACACAGUGGUGAGAAGCCUUUUAAGUGCAAGCAAUGUAACAAAGCCUUUAGCCAGGCAGGAAGUCUGAAACCACAUGAAAGAACACACAGUGGUGAGAAGCCUUUUAAGUGCAAGCAAUGUAACAAAGCCUUUAGCCAGGCAGGAAGUCUGAAAGCACAUGAAAGAAAACACAGUGGUGAGAAGCCAUUUAAGUGCAAGCAAUGUAACAAGGCCUUUAGCCAGGCAGGAAAUCUGAAAGCACAUGAAAGAAAACACAGUGGUGAGAAGCCAUUUAAGUGCAAGCAUUGUGACAAGGCGUUUAGCCAGUCACGAUAUGUGAGAGAGCAUGAACGAAUACACACGGGUGAAAAACCUUUCAGGUGCAAGCAGUGUAACAAAGCGUUUUGUUGGAGGAAAUCUCUUAAAGUACACGAAGAAAGACACCGUUGUUGGAUUUGUCUUAGGAUGAUAAAGACCAAGCCGUUGCUUCGUCAACAUUAUGAUGACCAUAUGAGGUUACUGGAUCCAACGUCGUAAAUUGAAUUAACGUAUUCAACAUUGUGUGACUUAACUGUGUAGAAUGAUUUAUUAAUAUUUCCUUGUAAAUUUGAGCUAAUCAACAAUAUGUUAUAUGAAUUUGGAUCUGGCUCAUUUUCCUGGUUGUUGAAAGGAACUUUCCUAAUCGUUUAGACUGUUACUGUUCUUCCCAGUUGAUAGCAUGUUAGACCUCUCAACACUAAAUAGGGGGUGUCAAAUACAUAGUUGCUUUGUUUCGAUUAACGCAAAAAUUAAAGUAAGAUGUUAUUACAAGGCUAUUUUUCAAGGCUUGUAGAAAGUCUAGUGUGUGAGUACGUUCCACACAAAACACUAUUUGAGUUUUGUUAAAAGAGACAAGUUUAUUCAAGCAGGAGUUGAACCACGAUUUUUUUUUACGAAAAGUUCAAAAAUUAUGCUCUUUACAGAGAAUCAUUCGCACCCUUUAGGCCAUUGUAAUUUAUUUUCUGGGAAGCGCGCGCCCAUUGCAUCGUAGUAGUUUUAGUUUCGAUUUUGGUCUGAUUAGCGCAUUUAGUGGUGGCAGACUCCUUGGACACUUGAGGUGUUUUCUUAAAAAAGAAACCGUAAAUAGACGAGGGUAGAGUUUUUUUACAUUUACAGUCAAGCAUCCAUUUGUGUGGUCUAACCAUUUGUUAUAAAAUUCCGUUUCAGUUUCUCGUUUCAUUGAUGCCUUUAGGGAUUGGAGAUCCUCAAGAACCUCCUUUUUGCCAGAAAAAAGUACCAAGACGUUUGCUAUGGUGUGAAUCAUUUGGAAAGAAUUGAGAUUUUGAACCUUUUUUGUUCUCGGCUCAUAAAGUUUGUGGCCGAAGCACAGCGAAGCAAAGCAAACAUAAGUUGGGGAUCUGUUAUACGAGAGACUCUUGAUUUGGAGAUAUACUGCGUUGUGUGUAAGUACUUUCCCUUUUAACGAGUGGCCUUUAUAAGAAAUGUUUAAGUGUAACAACAUGAUUUUAGCAACAAGGCCUCACGGAAGUGAGCUAUUCGUUACUCGCAAAGCAGCUUUUUGUGCGGCCUUAUCUUUAUAUAUAAUAAGUUGAGUUUUUUGGCAUUCUUUAUUAUCCGAUAUGGUGUUGAGGCAGUUCUUUUUAUCGGCCAUCUUCCCAGUAAUCACAUCAUUGUAGAUGAUUCUGAUCACUGGCGUCAUUACAUCAGAGGUUAAAUUUUGAGGCAGCAUUGUUGAUAUUGUUUUAAGAUUAAGGAGCGGUGUUGGGUUUGGAACCUUGACAGUUGAAAUUUUUCUUUGUACCCUUGUCUCGUAGACGUGUUACUCUCAUAAGAAAGAAAAAAGUAUUACUUUGUGGUUCCGUGUUUAAGUCUCUUUCAGCUUAUGGUUAUUGUUACGUUCAUUUUGCGCAAAAAUGGAAAAUGUAGUGUUUAGUUUGAAGUAAAAUGCUCUCUGGACUAUUAUGUUCUACAUGUUAAACAGUUUAGAAAGUGUUAAAAUUUGCGUCACGAGUUUUCCUUUGUUUGCUUUGUGUAUCGGAAAUACGUUUCAUUUUCCUGCCCCUGGUUGUUCAAACGUUGGAUAGUGCUUUCCACCGGAUAAAUCAUUGCCCAAUGGAUAAGUAUUAAUGGGAACAAUUACAUUAUGCACUAGAGAUCUUUGUCUAGCGGAUAGCGCUUGAACACUGGGUCCUGAAGUGAUCAUUGAAUUCAUUAAAUGAAUCCCACAGUACUAGGAGUCUUUAGGAUAUAUUCUCGGUUAGACACCCAUCCAGUUCCUGACCCCACGCGAAAAGGGUUACUUAACUUUAGUGGCAUGCGAGACACGCGAGGUUUUGCAAGAUAAGGACCUCGAGUAUUAGCCUCGUUUUCCGCCGCUCUCUCGGUCCUACCCGCGAAGAGACGGCUGGACGCGUGAGUGGCCUAUUGUGGCUGUGACGUAAAUUCAAAAUUUUAAUUUAUGCGCCUUUACCAAACAUUGCAAAUGAGAUGUGUCAUUAAAUACCGAACAAAUUUUGUGCUUUGCCUCGUCGUCGCUUUGGCAUUUGCCACGAAAAUCAGCGAAAAAAUCAACAGGAACACGUACGGAUUGUAUUCUUUCACUCUGUCAACGACCAUAGUUCUGGUUGGUUGAACUUCAAAAACAUACCUACCAUUUGCCAGUUUCUCUCAGCUAAUACUUUUCCUUGCAAAUAUUUUAAGUUUAAGCUUAAAACGCUCUUAAACACGAUAGCACGCCACAUCAAACAGCGAAUUUGCAUCCGCCGUUUGAAAUAUGCUGCAGGAAAAUAAGUUUAAGCUGCCUGCUAGAUUUGAGCAGGUAACUAUCUGAUUGGUGGUAAUUGACAAUAGCAAACCCAUGCGUUCCGCUGUCUGUUCAGGGGAGGAGCGUGGGCUCAUUUCCCGAACAGCGGCUGGUAAUUGAGCCUACUCUGGUAUACCACGUACUGAAACUCCAUACCAAUGACGUCACACCACUCAGAUACGACUGGUCAUGAAGCGGGACAAAUUUGCUUAAACCAAUUAGAUACACUGCCGAGCUCUGGGUACUGAUGCGUCGCCUGCGGUUUUUCCUUAAACGUCUUUUUGCAGGGAAACCAGUGGUGGCGUCACGAAAUGUCGGCUGUUUUCUCAGUCUGAAAUCCGAGUCUGUCUUCUAUGCUGGAGAGCAAGAGACGUACUGCCAACAACACAAACAAAGAGCUGACAUCAUUUAAAAUCAAAAUUUUCUUCGUUUUGGUUGUCCCAGUACAUCUCUUGUUCUCCAGAAUGAUAUUUUGUACCACGUGAACCGCUUGCUGUAAACAGCCUGUUAAUUGGACAGAUUUCAGCUAAAAUUUGCUGUUGUGAGGCGUUUUCAAGUCGAACCAACCCCUCUUCUCAGCCCACAAGCGACGUUAAAGGCGAUUUACGACAACCAGAAAUUACAGGAAUCUCGAGUAUUGUAUCGCUUUCCCCAGGCCUUUUGUCCAGGAUUGUAGCUUCUCAACACCCCGCGAGCAGAGCCUCAUUGGCUGAGGAGGAGAAAAGGAAGCUCUGCCUGAAUCACGUCAAACCUUUGAGGUCGCUGCAUCCCGAACUUCUGGACAAAACAAUCUUGUUUUGUGUCGUCAAACUAGUUUUUUUCGAGUGUGAGCAUCCAUCUAUAUUUAAACCAAUGGUCAUAACCGAGGCGGCUGAAGCAAGCGCACGACUAAAGGCCUGGGUUAGAAACUAUAUCUUAGCAACGUGCCGCGCAUGGUCAACAAAGAUCUUCCUCGAUUCAUGCAGAAUCUUUCACAAGUACGCCAAAAUGGAGCAAGGGAAAGAAAUGCUCUACUGGCAGGAUGAUUCUAAACAGAAGAAAGGUGAAUAAAACAAAGAUUCGACAUUAAUAUUUAUUUUUAUUUUUGGUUCGAAUCGCGAUAAUCCCCGAGUAGAUCUUCAAAGAACAGCAGAGAACUAAGCGAGCGAAAACUGUUCCUGUCGUAUAAUAUUCGCACUGCAUGCCUAUUGUCCCGACACGAGGAACUAAGUUAUGGGAGGAAACAGCGACUGCCAGGACAAUAAGCAUGCAGAGUAGUGAGGGUAUCCGAGAUCAACCGUCACCAGGGGAGGUGGAAGGUUACGAAACUUUGAAGUCACUUCAACUAACUCCGUUGAACUGGCCAAGAGGCGGACAGAAAUCGGGCGAUUCAAACCAACGGCAACAAUGCAUUAUGCCACCAGCGCGCAGGCCCAACACGACGGAAAUUUAAGGAGUUACUCAUUUCCCACGUCAGGUGCCAAUUGUAUGCAGUGAGAAUAUUAUGUUGAGUUGCACUGGAAGUAACAAUGAAGCAUCAGCGACUCAUAUUAACUAUAUGUGAUUGUAUAUGUGAUCUAUUUCAAAUUCACACAUUAUUCCUUAUACCUCAAACAGCGUGAGGAAGACUGACUUAUCAGUGAGGAUUAUAUUUGAAUUAUAGCGGUUUCUCUCCUUUCGUAGUGCAGCGUCUGGCCUGGAGAAACCACUGCUCGCAGGGUAGUCAAUUGUCUGAUAUUUAACAAAGGUUUUUUUUGAGGAACGAAGAAAAGCCCCAAAUUGAUUGUACUCGGAAAUUGCCCUCAAAUUCAAAAUAAAACAAGGCCAAAACUGUACAGUAACACAUUAAUGUUUGUAUUUUCCAAAGAAAUACAGUCUAACCUCUCCUUACGGACACCUCUCUAUUACGGACAGUUCGUUUGGUCCCAGAAAUACCAAAACUCAUACAUUUCCCACCUCUACUCUAUAACACGGACACCUCUGUAAAGCGGACACUUGGUUCUGUCCCUUUGGUGUCCGUAUUAAAGAGGUUUGACUGUAUUACGUGUGCCAAAUGAUUGUAGUUAGAAGAUUUUACAGUUUUUUGCUGUUUGCGUAGUUCAGUAUUCAGUCUUGACUUUGAUUUCCUCGGUACAUGUAAAAAAAGUACUUGCAUGGUUGAGUUUUAGAAAGAUCUACGUCUUCAAAGCGAGUUUCGGUAAAAACUUGCCACAAAUUACCGACAAAAAAUACCCUUCCAACUAUAGGUUAGCCCGAUGGAUUUUGAGACGCACAUUUCCCUCCCAGUAUAAACGUAACCGAUUUUGAAACGUAAAUUUCGCUCUACGAAUAUAAGCCCUUCCAAAAAUAAGCUCCUCAAAAAUAUAAGCCCCGAGGAUUAUUUUCGAAAUUUUACGGUAUUUUCCAAAAUGUAAAAUACGUUUAUCGCAAAACCUAGCGUAGGUGUAAAGGGCCAACAGUAUGAAAUAAGAGAAAUAAGCCGAUAGCAAAAAAAAUAUGAAAAGAAAUCAAACAAUGUAUUUAAUAGUUUUAGCCUCCAUACCUCUGUUUGAAACUAAACCAUCGAAGCGCGGUAAGGAAUUGAUUUAUUUUAUUUAUUUUAUUAGUUUUGCCAACAUAAUAUAUAUACAAAUACAAAUACAUAAGAAGGGUAACUAAACAAAAUAACAACAACAAAAAAAAUGGCGGGGAUUCCGCAACAACGUGAGCCAAUUACUGCGGGCCCAGAUAAUUAAAAUAAUAGAAUAUUUAAAAUACAGUGAAACCUCUAUUAAGCGGACACCUUCGGGACCUUCCCAAGUGUCCGCUUAAUAGAGGGUCAGUGCGUUUAAUAGAGGUGGUAAAAAUUGCGCAAUGUUUGUUAACGAUCAACAUUCAACAGUUACUCUGUACUGUGAUAAAGUUGCAUGUUAUUAAAGAAGCUAUCUAGAGUUAAGGUUCAUUACCUUUCAUUACUAACUUUAAUUUGUUUGUAAAUGCAAAAACAUUAGCUGACUUCAGUAAGUAUUUCAAGGACGUAAUCCAGUACUACUAUUGUCAAUUCAGUCCGGUGUCCGCUUAACAGAAGCUUUUAACAAAAGAAAUUUAUAGCCAAAUACAACUUAUUUUAGUGUCCGCGUCCGCUCAAGAAUAUAGGUGUCCGCUGAAUAGGGGUCCAAUAUAAAGGGAAAUAUCAGACGUUUGUUUCGGGACCCGGCUUAGUGUCUGCUUAAUAGAGGAUGUCCGCUUAAUUGGGGGUCGGCUUAAUAGAGGGUGUCCGCUUAAUUGGGGGUCCGCUUAAGAGAGGGUGUCCGCUUAAUUGGGGGUCGGCUUAAUAGAGGUUUCACUGUACAUGAUCACAACACGAGAUAGGCUGGGCAAGACUACGACACUUAUUGCAUUUAAGACAGACAGACUUAAAAGUGUGGGGAUUUUCACAGUCCUAUAAUUACUUAAGGCGGUUUUGUUAUACUCUACCAUUGCCUGUUUAAAAUCAUUAAGGGCGUUCAUGCGCAGGUUCAGUUCAUCAGCAACAACGUUCCAGACGCGUAUGCAUCUGAUGAUAUUGGACUUUUGAUAAGUUGCUGUCCUACAUUUAGGCUCUACGAAUUUAAUAACACCACUGGAUGAAGAUCUGGUAGGCCUCGUGAUAAGAGAGUGAGAGGGUCAAACAAUAACAGCCAAAAAACCGACAAAAUCGAUGAAUUUACACCAAAAAAGACAGGAAUACAUCUAAGGUAAGUCUCUUUUAUUUAUUUUAUAGAAAAAUAGGUAAGAUUUAUGAUAUUUAGCGUUCGCAGACCUUAGUAUUUUAUUUCUCAUACAAAGUCUCAACGAUUGCUUGUAACACGACACCGACUCUCUAUUGAGAAAGUUACUCGUAACGUGAGCUUGGGACGCCUGUGGAUACUCGAAGGUUCGUUUGAUGGGAGGACUUCUUCUAGCAAGGCGGUAAAUGACAGGCCACAACUGAUAUUACCGAGAAACUUUCCAUUGUGUGAGAUUGUUUUUGUUUUACGUUAAUUUAAAUUAUCAUCCCUUGGACCUCUGUCUAUGCCGUAUUUACUCAAUAAAAUGCCGUCAUCGAUGAUUACAAUCAAGACUAGUCAAGCGUACCCCCAGAUUUCAUUAGUGAAGCGAUGAUUUGAAGAAAUGAAUGUGUUAGUCGUUGCCUCAACCAGCCUCAAAUUCAAAUCUGUUUUCCUGCAUGCGCAUAAUGAACAAUGACUUUUUCAAGAUAACUUCUCCGUAUUCGCGUUUGCGGCAUAAAAGCAGGAAUCCGCAAUCCGCAAUCGGCAAACCGGAUCUUUAACUGGAAUCCGGAGUUGGUACUUGUUCUGUGAAAUCGAUGGCACAGGCGGAAAACUCUCUGUAUUCGAUCCUGAGAUUGAAAAAUCUUUACUUAAAAUGGGUAAAAUUGCUUUAAGGACGUUUGCAUCAAAUUCAAGAAAACCGACCUUGGAGAAAUUUCAUAACUACCUCGUGUGUGAUUUUUAUUGCUCACUAAGUAUGCAGGAGUGCAGAAAUGAAACUGAAAUUCACAACCAAAGGCCGAUUUAUAAAAGCUUCCAAUAAUGAAAUUAUUAAUUCAACUUUUGGUGGAGAGGGGGUGAUUUUACGCUUGACUGUAAACUCCGCAGAUGGAAAACUAUCCUAUAAUACCGCUCCCAUUCAGAGCAAGGCGGCGUUUAUUCAAACAUUAUGCGUGAAGCACUUGGGGCAACUUAAUCUACAUCAUCCAGACAAUAACUAUUCCAUCUCAGCAAAAAAGCGACACAUUGGAACUUUAAAAGUCUUUCUGCUUUAUAAAUGUUUCUAAAUAAUUUUUCAUAAUUGUUGUCAGUAAUUUUUGAAGUUUUUAAAAUAAUUUUUAAUAUAGGACACUCUAGAAAUGUUUACAUAAACAGUUGGGGGGGGGGUGGUUAAUCGAAUAAAGAUGGUGUAUAUUUUUGAAUUAAAACAAAUAUUUCUGUCAGUUUGGACCAUCUUGAACGCGAUGGGAACUGGGAAUGAGGGUUUUUAAGAAGAAACAAAGGAGCAUGGGAAGACAUGGGAAAGUCGCCAUCUUUGCUCAUGCGACGUUCACAGAUGAUGACAUUGAGAGGUACGUGUAUUAGCUGUAUGUUUUACGAGACAAAUCAGACAUUUUUUGCCAAGCUGUAUUACCAGGUCAAAAACAAAGGAUCAUAACAGUGAAGCGUAAGCUAGCGUCUAGGUUGCGUUGACAUCGAUUUAAUAUCAUAUUUAUUUAAACCGCACAAGAAACUGUUAGGUGUAGAAAGCAAACUUUGAAGGUAAAAAGGAAAUGUGAAAAAAUAUCAAUUUUGCUUUAGAUUCAAAGCUGUCUUAAGUUAUUUGUGUCAUGUUGAUGUUUUGUAACUCUUAUUAUUUAUGUGAGUGAUGUCACCCUGGCGUGCUUCUUUAUAUUUCAUUUGAGGUUAUGGACUCAUUACAUCUGAUCUAAAUUCUCCAUGUAUCUGGAGCAGAAGUAUUUCCGUUCUUCGUCUCUUGUUUUUGCCCUAACAUUGAUGUUUUUUUUUGGCUGUGGGCAUUCCAUUUAUAAUUUAAUAACCAACCCACCUCCACUCAUAUGGCAAUUACGUUGACGAGUUGUUUUGACGUUACUGUUAACACUAAGAAAAUGUGACUUUUUAAGUGUUUGCACCCACACCCACAGGUAAGAAGGCCUUUAGGCAGGCAGGAAAUCUGAAGGUACAUGAAAGAAUACACACUGGUGAGAAGCCAUUUAAGUGCAAGCUUUGUGUCAAGGCGUUUAGCCUAGCAGGAGAUCUGAAAAGACAUGAAAGAACACACAGUGGUAAGAAGCCUUUUAGGUGCAAGCAAUGUAACAAGGCCUUUAGCCGGGCAGGAAGUCUGAAAGAACAUGAAAGAAUACACACUGGUGAGAAGCCAUUUAAGUGCAAGCAAUGUAACAAGGCCUUUAGCCGGGCAGGAAGUCUGAAAGAACAUGAAAGAAUACACACUGGUGAGAAGCCAUUUAAGUGCAAGCAGUGUAACAAGGCGUUUAGCCAAGCAGGACAUCUGAAAAUUCAUGAAAGAAGACACAGUGGUGAGAAGCCGUUUAAGUGCAAGUACUGUAACAAGGCCUUUAGCCAGGCAGAAAAUCUGAAAGUACAUGAAAGAGGACACACAGGUGAGAAGCCAUUUAAUUGCAAGCAUUGUAACAAGGCCUUUAGCCAGGCAGGAAGUCUGAAAGUACAUGAAAGAACGCACACAGGUGAGAAGCCAUUUAAGUGCAAGUAUUGUAACAAGGCCUUUAGCGAGGCAGGAAGUCUGAAAAAACAUGAGAGAACGCACACAGGUGAGAAGCCAUUUAAUUGCAAGCAUUGUAACAAGGCCUUUGGACACACAGGAAGUCUGAAAGUACAUGAAAGAACGCACACAGGUGAGAAGCCAUUUAAGUGCAAGCAAUGUAACAAGGCCUUUAGCCAGGCGGGAAGUCUGAAAGCACAUGAAAGAAUACACACUGGUGAGAAGCCAUUUCAGUGCAAGCACUGUAACAAGGCCUUUAGCCAGGCAGGAAAUCUGAAAAAACAUGAAAGAAUACACACUGGUGAGAAGCCAUUUAAGUGCAACCAUUGUGAGAAGGCGUUUCGCUGGGAACGAUAUGUGAGAGCGCAUGAACGAAUACACACGGGGAAAAACCUUUCAGGUGCAAGCAGUGUAACAAGGCCUUUUGUUGGAGGACAUCUCUUAAAGCACACGAAGAAAGACACCGUUGUUGGAUUUGUCUUAGGAUGA